AUGAAGUGUUUCAUUUCUCCCUCCAUCACACUGCUGCUCCCACACACUACUGUUCCAUCCCACUACUGCUCCAUCACACUACUGCUCCAUCACACUACUGUUCCAUCACACUACUGCUCCAUCACACUACUGCUCCCACACACUACUGGUCCAUCACACUACUGCUCCAUCACACUACUGCUCCAUCACACUACUGUUCCAUCACACUACUGCUCCAUCACACUACUGCUCCCACACACUACUGGUCCAUCACACUACUGCUCCAUCACACUACUGCUCCAUCACACUACUGCUCCAUCUCCAUCACACUACUGCUCCCACACUACUGUUCCAUCCCACUACUGGUCCAUCACACUACUGCUCCCACACACUACUGCUCCAUCACACUACUGGUCCAUCACACUACUGGGCCAUCACACUACUGCUCCAUCACACUACUGCUCCACACACUACUGCUCCAUCACACUUCUGGUCCAUCACACUACUGCUCAUCACACUACUGGUCCAUCACACUACUGUUCCCACAUUACUGUUCCAUCCCACUACUGCUCCCAUCGCACUACUGGUCCAUCCACUACUGGUCCACCUACUGCUCCAUCACUCUGCUCCAUCACUACUGCUCCAUCACACUACUGGUCCAUCACACUACUGCUCCAUCACACUCUGCUGUUCCAUCGCACUACUGUUCCAUCCCACUACUGGUCCAUCACACUGCUCCCACACACUACUGCUCCAUCACACUACUGGUCCAUCACACUACUGGGCCAUCACACUACUGCUCCAUCACACACUACCCACACACACUACUGCUCCAUCACACUACUGGUCCAUCACACUACUGCUCCAUCACACUACUGGUCCAUCACACUACUGCUCCAUCGCACUACUGCUCCAUCGCACUACUGCUCCAUCACACUACUGGUCCAUCACACUACUGCUCCAUCACACUACUGCUCCCACACACUACUGUUCCAUCCCACUACUGCUCCAUCGCACUACUGGUCCAUCACACUACUGGUCCAUCCCACUACUGCCCAUCACACUACUACUGCCCAUCUACUGGUCCAUCACACUACUGGUCCAUCACACUACUGGUCCAUCCCACUACUGCUCCAUCACACUACUUCUCCAUCACACUACUGGUCCAUCACACUACUGGUCCAUCACACUACUGCUCCAUCCCACUACUUCUCCAUCACACUACUGGUCCAUCACACUACCGGUCCAUCACACUACUGCUCCAUCACACUAAGUACCAAAAAAAAAGUACCAAGAACAGACCAACUGCCUGAACAGGACAUUUAUGAACAUUUGAAGGAAAGAUCAACUAGUUCAGCUGAAACUGAGUUUAAAGAGUUCAGGGCCAGCAAGGGCUGGUUCAAAAAUUUAGAAAAAGUGACUUAUUAG